CGCAUUCCGAAUUCUGGUCCGCCCCAAGAUAAUCCAGCACGUUGCUCGCAGCCUGAACGGCUCUCUGUCCUGCUUGUAAAUUGUCGCAGCAUAAAGAACAAAGUCGAUAGCUUCAUCUCUUUAGUAGCCACUGUUAAACCUCAGAUCGUGAUGGGCACCGAAUCAUGGUUAGACAAGACGAUACCUAAUGUAGAAAUCUUUCCACCUGGUUUUACUGUCUAUCGGAAAGAUAGGCAUGGGCAUGGCGGGGGAGUAUUUAUUUUGAUAUCAAAUGCAUUGUCAAGUACACAAAUUUUAUUUGAAAACGAUUCUGAGUCUGUCUGGUGCCUUGUGAAAUUACCUAAAGGUAACAAUGUUGUGUACGGGACUUUCUACCGCCCACCCGGCAGCAGCGACUCAUUCGGACUGCUGUCUGAGAUGCUAUCUCUUGUGCCUAAUAGCGUAUUUUUGGGGGGUGAUUUCAAUUUGCCUGACUUCAACUGGAAUGCCGGAUGUGUGGCUGGUAAUAGGUACCGUAUUUACACAGAGUUCGAAGAACUGGUCGGAUUAAAUGGAUUACAGCAGUACGUACUGGAACCUACGCGAGAAAAUGCAAUUUUAGACUUAGUACUUUGCAAUGAGCCGAACUUAGUAUCAAAAGUUACUGUUUGUCCAGGUAUUAGUGACCACAGGGCAGUUGUCAUAGAACUUAACAUACAGCGAGUACGGAUGCCGCAAAUUCCGCAAAGAAAAGUGUACAGCUACGACAGAGGAGACUAUACCUACGAGUUUAGAGUCCGGCACGGGGCCUUCCUCUUCUAUCGGUGCCAUGGUUGUGGCAUUGUCCACAUCCUGGAUAAGCUAAUUCGUCCACGCAGUGAGGUCUGCUAUAUCGCGAGCUCCCUCACCUGGUUCGCGUCCUGUGGAGGUCGUGUGGACGUGGGCUUGGGCUCGGUAUUGGCUGACCAGGCGACCUUCCUCGAUACCGCCUGGUCAUUGGUUUGUUCGGAGUUGGAGCGGUUGCGAGGCUGGCUGCUGCUCUGGCUGCGCUGCCUGCUGCCACUCCUGCUAUUUGAAGCUUCGCGCUGA